AUGAAUGCCACAGAGCUCCUCGCAAACACCCUCUCUCCCGAUGCACACACACGCGACGAUGCGACAGCCAAGCUCGAGAGCGCAUCCCGGGAGAACUACCCUGCGUACAUGCUGAUGCUCUCCGCCGAGCUCGUCAACGAGUCCUCUCCUAGUCAUGUCCGUAAUGCCGCAGGUCUUGCACUCAAGAACACCCUCUCCGCAAGAGAGUUCCAACGACAGACCGACUACGCGAACCGUUGGCUCGCGCUCGAUGACGGCACGAAGAACAAGGUGAAGCAGGAUGCGCUCAUGGCCCUCGCGUCCUCCGACGGCAAGGUUGGCACGGUAGCCGCGCAGGUCGUGUCCGCCAUCGCCUCCGUCGAGCUCCCCAACGGCCAGUGGAUGGACGUCGUCGGCAUCCUCCUCGGCUUUGUCUCCGACCCCGCAAAUGUGAAUCUCCGCGUGGCCACUCUCCAGACGAUCGGCUUCAUCUGCGAGGCGCUGCAGUCGCAACCUGAUAUUCUCUCGAUGCGCUCGAACGAGAUCCUGACCGCGGUCAUCCACGGCGCGCGCAAAGAGGAGUCCUCGCAGGAUGUCCAGCUGGCUGCCAUCACUGCUCUUCUCAACUCGCUUGAGUUCGUCCGUGACAACUUCGAUCGCGAGGGCGAGCGGAAUUACAUCAUGCAAGUCGUCUGCGAAGCCACCCAGAAUCCCAAUCCGUCUGUUCAGAUCGGCGCCUUUGAGUGUUUGGUGAAGAUCAUGUCCUUGUACUACGACAAGAUGAGCUUCUACAUGGAGCGCGCGUUGUUUGGGCUUACUGUGAUGGGGAUGAAGCACACCGAGGAAAAGAUUGCUCUGCAGGCCAUUGAGUUCUGGUCAACAGUGUGCGAGGUUGAGACCGACCUCGCUUGGGAGGCAACAGAGGCCACCGAAUAUGGCGAAGUACCCGAGAAUGAGAGCAAGUUCUUCGCGAAGGUCGCGCUACCUGAAAUCGUUCCGGUCUUGCUCGACCUCCUCACUCACCAGGAUGAGGAUGCUGAUGAAGAUGAGUGGAACGUAGCGAUGGCUGCUUCAACGUGUCUGGGCCUGCUCGCCCAAGCCGUGCAAGACAACAUCGUCCCCGCCGUCAUUCCGUUCAUCGAGGCCAACAUCCGCGCGACGGAUUGGCACAUGCGCGAAGCGGCCGUCAUGACCUUCGGGUCGAUCCUUGACGGCCCCGACCCGAAUGUCCUCACGCCUCUCGUGAACCAGGCGCUACCGAUGCUCAUCGACAUGAUGGCUGAUCAGAACGUCCAAGUGAAGGACACCGUUGCGUGGACGCUCGGCCGUAUCUGCGACCUCCUCAUCACCACCAUCCGGCCCGAUGUGCACCUUCACCCGCUCAUCUCGGCCCUCGUGGCUGGCCUGCAGGACAACUCGCGUAUCGUCACAAACUGCUGUUGGGCCCUCAUGAACCUCGCCGACCAGCUUGGGUACGUUGAGAAUGAUGACGGCGAUGCUCUCAAUGCCCCCAGCCCUCUUACGCCCUACUACGAGGGCGUCGUGAAUGCGCUCCUCCACGUCACUGAAACCGCCACCCUCGAAGGCACUCACAGGACAGCCGCGUACGAAGCCAUCACUUCGUUCAUCACUCAUUCAACUGCCGACACUGUCACCGUUGUGCAAAACACCGCCGUCACAAUUCUCAUGCGUAUGGAGCAGCUUCUGGCGAUGCAAAACCAGAUCAUCGGUGUUGACGACCGUAACAACUGGAACGACCUCAUGACCAACUUUUGCGGUGUCAUCACGAGCAUCAUCCGGAAACUCGAAAGCGGUAUCCAACCACUUGGUGACCGUAUCAUGACGUUGAUACUUCAGCUCAUCGAAGCUGCGAGCAAGACCUCUACGCUCCUCGAGGACUGCUUCCUCGUUGUCGGUGCCCUCUCUGCCGCCCUGGAGCAGGGCUUCGCGCCUUACAUCAACGCGUUCCUGCCGCACCUGUACCCCGCCCUCAAGGCUCACGAAGAUACCCAGCUCUGCACCGUCGCCGUUGGCAUCAUUGGCGACAUCUCGCGCGCUCUCGGCGACCAGACGGCCCAGUACUGCCAGGCGUUCAUGUCUGUCCUUCUGGAGAACCUCCAGAGCGACGUCCUCAACCGCAACGUCAAGAUUGCGAUCCUGGCUUGCUUCGGUGACCUCGCGAUGGCUAUCGGCCCUCAGUUCGAGCCCUACCUUAACGCCACUAUGGGUGUUCUCCGACAAGCCGGUUCCGUACAGCCGAACCCACUCGACAUCGACCUGGUCGAGUACGUCGGUCAGCUUCGUGAGGGUAUCCUCGAGGCAUAUACCGGUAUCGUCUCUGGCUUCAAGAACACGCCGAAAGUCGAGCUCCUCCUGCCGCAUAUACCACACAUCCUCGAGCUCGUGCAGAAGUGCCUCGCGGACUCUGAGCGCUCGGAGUCGACGAUCAAGACGGCCGUCGGGCUGGUCGGUGAUCUCGCGGACGCGUUCCCCGUUGGACAGCUGAAGCAGCUGCUGCUUGCGGAGUGGCUGGCGAGCGAGCUUCGCAUGAAGGGGCGUAUGAGCCCAGAAACGAAGAGGACCCUCAAGUGGGCCCGCGAGAUGGUCAAGCGCGCGACGGCAUAG